CUGGACCCAGAUCGAAGCCUUUUUGAUCAAGGAGUAAAAACAGAUGGAACAGUGCAGCUCAGUGUGCAAGUAGUAUCUAGGCAAGGGAUAGAGCCCAAGCUAAACAUCCUUGAAAUUGUGAAGCCUGUGGAGACUGUGGAGGUAGUGAUUGAUCCAGAUGCUCAUCACGCACAGGCUGAAGCUCACCUUGUUGAGGAAGCUCAAGUGAUAACCUUGGAUGGAACAAAACAUAUUACAACAAUAUCAGAUGAAACCUCUGAGCAAGUGACACGAUGGGCCGCGGCCUUGGAAGGCUACCGGAAGGAGCAGGAGCGCCUUGGAAUACCCUAUGACCCGGUGCAGUGGUCGACAGACCAGGUGCUCCACUGGGUGCUGUGGGUGAUGAAGGAGUUCAGCAUGACUGACAUUGACCUCAACGCGCUCAGCAUUCCCGGGCGGGAGCUCUGCAGCCUCAGCCAGGAAGACUUCUUCCUGCGAGUCCCACGGGGAGAGAUCCUCUGGAGCCAUCUGGAGCUUCUGCGAAAAUAUGUGUUGGUUAGCCAAGAACACACUGGAGAAAUAGCAACUGUUACUAUUGAUCAGCCGGUGCAGAUCAUUCCAGCGUCGGUACAGCCUGCUACCCCCACCACCAUUAAAGUAAUAAACAGCAGUGCCAAGGCGCCGAAAGUGCAGAGAGCUCCACGGAUCUCUGGGGAAGACAGAAGUUCCCCUGGGAACAGAACAG